AUGGACCUGGUGCCUACCGACCGGGAGGCUGAGACUAGCAUGCUAGUCUACUACGAGCAGCGUGCUACACAUGCGGGCAUGAUCAUCGCGGAGGCGACUCAGGUCGGCAACGACGGGCAGGGUUACCCUUUGACCCCCGGUAUCUACACCCCGGAACAGAUUGCCGGGUGGAAGAAGAUCACCGCUGCCGUCCACGCUAAGGGUGCCAAGAUGGUCUGCCAGAUCUGGCACUGUGGCAGGAUCAGCCACGAGAGCUAUCAGCCGGAGCGGCGCGCACCGCUCGCACCAUCGGCCCUGGCAUGCCCCGCAGGGGAGUGCAUCACCAUGGAGGGACCCAAGCCGUUUCCGGUGCCGCGCGAGAUGACCAUCGAAGACAUCAAGGCUUGCGUCGAGCAGUUCCGCCAGGGCGCACUGAACGUUAUGGAGGCUGGCUUCGACGGGGUGGAGAUCCACGCCGCAAACGGGUACCUGAUCGACCAGUUCCUCAAGGACAGCUCCAACAAGCGUACCGACGACUACGGCGGCUCGCUGGAGAACCGCUUCAGGCUGCUCAAGGAGAUCUUGACGGCUUGCCAAGAGGCCGUCGGCAAGGACAAGGUCGCCGUUCGUCUCACCCCGGGGGGCACCUUCAACGCGACCAAGGACGAGGCCGAGGAGGCCACGGGCAACCACGAGUACUUCUGCCGGCAGCUCAGCGGCAUGGGCCUCCUGUACCUGCACGUCAAGCUCGCGGACGACCAGGACGUGCGCCACGGGGGCAAGGUCGUCCCCAUCGAGACGAUCCGCAAGGCCUUCGACGGCGUCCUCAUCUCGAACAACCGGUACGACGAGAAGGAUGACUUCGGGGAGGGCGACCUCGGCGAGAGCUACGACGCCGUCGCCUUCGGGAGGGCGUUCCUCGCCAACCCUGACCUGCCCGUCAGGGUUGCCAAGAAGGCCCCCCUGAACGAGUGGGACCACACUACCUUCUUCGGGGGCACCGGGAAGGGCUACACCGACUACCCGUUCAUGGACGCUUAAAAGUGCAGUAUUUACCAGGCAAUGCGUGUUUUGCAGCAGGCGAAAUAUUUUUUUGCUCCGUUGACCAAUGACGAGUCAGGACUGGUUGUAUUUGUUCCGGGAACCUCCUGCCCUUCUGCCAGUCGGGCUGUGAGCUGAGUAUCCUGCUAGCACGUGCAGAGGCAGAGGAUAACCUUUCGUGGACGCUUGAAAAGCGAACUCUUGAAGGGGGGGUGCUUUAUGAAGGGGGUCCGCGGGUGGCUGUUACCUCUUCGGUUGGCAACAAAGGUAUAUGGAAAAAAAGGUCAUAUACCUUUGGGUGGCAACGAUGGGCGGCGGGACGGGGGGGGGGUAUUGUGGACAUCCGUGUGGUCUCCCUUUAGAGAAGAGCGCGAACUUUACUUCGACCUUUACACAGUCUCCCUUAAUUGUUGAAGUGUGGGAAUCGCAUACAGAUUGUUUGAGAGUGUUGUACCUCCACGGGAGGGGAAACUCAAAACGGUAACUGCAGACAGCAGCCCUUUUACGUGGGCCUGACGGUGUGAAACAGCCAUGAGUAGCUAGGGCGUUUGUUUGCUGUAUUGCACCUCCGAGCGCAAUGUUGUGUGUGUGUAGGGGGGGUAGUCAUGAGACUGCGCGAGGAACCACGCUACCUGGGUGGUUUGUGGCUUGGGCGGAACCGGUCAAGGGUUCGUCAGUUGAUCAUCUCGGCUCACUUUCAUAGGAUUCGGAUAUAUAAUCGGAUGUGUCUCUUGAGUUGUUAGCCCCAAGGUGCGCGUGCCAUCGCCCUUGACAUCGCAGGAGUAGGAGGCUUGCCCUUCAUCCUUGACAAACGCGCAGAAGUAGUAGGUGAUGUCCGACGGGAAGCCGCUGCUCUAUAUAGACUACUGUUUUCAAGGUAGAGAGGGGUGCUCAAGGUGCUGCUAUUAAACGAAUCGAAGAAUCUG